AGCCGGUGAGUUGUGAACCUGAGCGGGGGCAUAAUUAUACUGCCUCUUUUCUUUUUGCGGGGCAUAAUUAUUACUGCCUCAAAAAGAAAAAGUUUUCCAUUUGUGCACCCGUGUGUAUCGUAUAGUAACGGUACCCGAGUUGCAUCCCGUCCAAACCGUAUAUGAUCCAAAGAAACUGUACCUCGGCGGCUGACCAGGUAGCGAGCGCAGGGAAGGGCGAUGGGGACGAAGAAGCCGCAGCUCCUCCGCCUCGCCGUCGUCGCCGUCGCCGUCGCGGCCGUCCUUCUGACCGCUUCGGCCAAGAAGUCCGCGGAUGUUACACAGCUCCAGAUCGGCGUCAAGUACAAGCCUGAAUCAUGUACCCUACAAGCUCACAAAGGCGACAAGAUUAAAGUGCAUUAUCAUGGGACACUCACUGAUGGAUCAGUAUUUGACUCUAGCUAUGACAGAGGUGAUCCCUUCGAAUUCACUCUUGGGAAUGGGCAGGUGAUAAAAGGUUGGGACCAAGGUUUACUAGGUAUGUGCGUCGGCGAAAAGCGGAAGCUAAGGAUACCCGCAAAGAUGGGUUACGGGGAGCGAGGCUCCCCACCAAAGAUUCCAGGUGGUGCGACUCUGGUUUUCGACACGGAGCUCAUCGCCGUGAAUGGGAGGACGUCUGCUGGCGCUGCCGCGGAGAGCGACGACAGCGAGCUUUGAUACAUACAUGGAUGUAGUUUUGCUUGCAUUUCUGCGAGUCCUUCGGCUAAAAGGGCCGCCGUUUUCGAACGAUUCCAUCAUCAUGUUUAAAGUGUUACAGAGACCGGUUAGAUUGCUGUAUCAAUGAUCGCAGUGACCAACAAUUAGUAAUCCAUAUUCAUGCGAUACAUCUUUUCACUCC